AAGAGAAUGGAAAUUGAUGCGAGAACUUCAGCCUUUGAUGAACAAACUAGUCUCUUUAAAGUUUAAAGCUUCCAGUUCGUUGCCAACAAUUCUCAGAUUUUCUGAUACAAAGAUGGUCUUGUCCAUAUAUCCAAAUAAAGGGGCCCCCCGUUACUCUUAUCUAUUUCUUGUAUGUUAUCUCUUGCUCGUUGAAGUAGAAGAAAAAGUUUUGGAAGAGAAAAGGGAUGUCGCCGGAGGCGUGUCUCCACCGUUACCAUCCUCAUCGCAUGGUUGUCCCAUCAGUCUUCUGCUCCCGUAAUUCUUUUCCUAUCUCAAAUAUCCGAAACCCCAUAGAAAGGCCACCGCCAUCGUUGAGGAAGAGAAUGCUAAUAAUCGUAGCAUCGCCGCCGACAUCAAUGACCAUAACUCGUACGAGACUACCGGCUUCAGCUGCGGCUCUUUCAUCCCCACCACCCCUCGAUCUGACGGAAGACAACAUCAUACAGGUUCUAGUCGAAGCUCGUGCCGAGCUGGGGCAGAUCUUCGACACUUCCGUUGGCAUGACAGGAAAAGUUGAACUGGCCGAGUUAGAUGGACCUUUCGUGAAGAUUAGACUCAAAGGUCGGUUUUGGCACAAACGUAGCACUGUUCUCGCCAGAGUCGGUAAUUAUCUGAAGCAGAGAAUCCCUGAAAUCUUGGAGGUGGAUAUAGAAGAUGAGAAACAGUUGGACGACAGUCCAGAAAACUUUUGAGGUACACGUGCGGCUUCACUAUUGUUUUUCUUUUCUAAUUGUCCAGCCGUUAGAAGAAUUGUUGUAGCAUUUUCAUGCACAAUCCCCGAAUGGAAGAGCUGCUACAUGCGAAUAUCUUAGAUGGGUGACUCCAUUGGGAAUGGUAUUUGAGACUUUCUAAUUUAUCAAGAUGAAAAACAAAUGGAAAUGGAUUGCUUUAAUGCAACAGUUUAGAUAACUAAAUGUAAUGUGGCAGUAUGGUAAGCAGCAGGGCUGCGCUCCCAAUAGCAUCGUUGUAGAAAGGGGGUUGCAACAGUAAUCAAUGGGAAGUAAAAGCAUACAGUAAACUUAGAAACAUUUUUGGGGAAAUAAAGUCUCGAUGACUGUUUGUGAUCCGUGAAAUUGCCGCACAAAUCAUCAGCCAGAGGUGUGGUUUGGCAACCUCGGAAGUUUACAUCAUGUUGUUUGCGUAUUCGGCUGUCUUAUGGACAUCGAUUUAGUGCUACCAGAGGGGAAGUUACCCAAAGGAAAGAAAAUGCUGAGUUUAGUGGUAAAGCCGUAAAGAAACUCUCUUAAAUUGCAACCCUAACUUGAGCCUCUGAUGCUGAAUUUAGGUAUUGUAUCUUGCGAAGGUGGUUUGUCGAACCUAUUAGUGACAACUUGUUGAUAUUUUGUUCUUAUAGUACCCUGCAUUGCAAACUUCAUGACGCA